UUCCUCUGCGUUUACACCAGUGUAACCUGCAGAUGGUCUGCGUAACGUCCCCGCUUCGCUGACAUCCACCUCCUCCUCCAGGCUGAUGUUUCAUGUCAGAGCCGUGCCAGCCCUGACACGGGCCGGGGCGGACACCUCCUUCAAGCGGCUACUCUGCAGCCGAAGACUACGCUCCACCGUCACCUCGACUCCGGCGACCCAGACGGAGCCGCGGGAGGAUGUCAGCAGCCGCGGCGGGGCUCGACAUGACUCGGCGCACUCGGAGUUCCCAGGACAGCCGGGGAACGGAGGGAGAAACAGCACCACCAACACCACCUCCACCGCGGCUGCUAAUGAGAUCUCCGUAGACUUUGACCAGACACAGGAGGCUUAUAAGAGCAAAGACUCAUUAGAGCUGCUCAGAAGUUUGGUGGUUUUCAAACUCUGCUCCUAUGACCUCCUGGUUGAUAAGAACAAAGAGAUAAUGGAUCUAGGUCAGAAGAUCCUGGGCCAGAGAACCUUCGACCAGUUCAUGAAGAUGACAUUUUAUGGCCAGUUUGUCGCCGGUGAGGACCACAAGGACAUCAAGCCGCUGAUCCAGAAGAAUCAGGCCUUCGGUGUCGGCUCUGUCCUGGACUACAGCGUGGAGGAAGACAUCAGCCAAGAGGAGGCCGAGCAGAAAGAGAUGGACUCAUGCGUAUCGGCUGCUGAGAAGGAGAGCAAAGGUGAGGACCACAGAGAGAAUAAAUAUAAAGCACACAAACAGUUCGGGGACCGUCGCGGAGGUGUGACGGGAGCUCGCACGUAUUUCUACGCGGAUGAGGCCAAAUGUGACCAGCAUAUGGAAACCUUCAUUAAAUGUAUCAAAGCAUCUGGUGGGAGUGCAAUGGACGGUUUCUCUGCCAUCAAAAUGACUGCUCUUGGACGGCCUCAGUUUCUGCUCCAGUUCUCAGAGGUCCUGGUGAAAUGGAGGCGAUUUUUCACCUUCCUGGCAUCACAGCAGGGGAAGGACGACGUGGAGGCCUUAGAGCAGAGGCUGGAGCUCAAACAGAUGCAGGAAUUCCUGACCAAGCUCGGUGCAAAAGGUGACUUCUACGGCUGGUUUACUGGAAGGGAAGAGGAGUCUUCAGGAACCAUUGACUUGCUCGACUGGAACAGCCUAAUAGAUGACAGGACAAAGAUAUCGGACCUGCUGGUUGUCCCAAAUGUAGAGCUAGGUGAGCUGGAGCCUCUGCUGGAGAAGUUCACUGAAGAGGAGGAGAAACAAAUGAAGAGGAUGUUACAGCGCAUGGACGUCUUAGCCAAGCACGCCGUCGAGAACGGUGUCCGCUUGAUGGUGGAUGCAGAGCAAACCUACUUCCAGCCAGCUAUCAGCAGACUCACAUUAGAGAUGCAGAGGAUCUACAACAAAGAAAAGCCUGUCAUCUUCAACACCUACCAGUGUUAUCUUAAGGAGGCCUACAACAACGUCACCAUGGAUGUGGAAUUGUCUCGACGUGAAGGUUGGGGUUUCGCUGCCAAGCUGGUGCGUGGGGCCUACAUGUAUCAGGAGCGAGAGAGGGCCAAAGACAUUGGUUAUGAGGACCCCAUUAACCCUGAUUAUGAGUCGACCAAUAUAAUGUACCACAGGUGUCUGGACUAUGUGCUGGAUGAGAUAGCGCUCAACAGAAAUGCCAACGUCAUGGUGGCUUCCCAUAAUGAGGACACAGUGAAACACACUUUGAGGAGAAUGAAUGAGCUGGGCCUCUUGCCCACAGAGAACAAGGUGUACUUCGGUCAACUACUGGGCAUGUGUGAUCAGAUCAGCUUCCCACUGGGCCAGGCAGGCUUCCCCGUCUAUAAGUACGUUCCCUACGGACCCGUGAAUGAGGUGAUGCCCUACCUGUCUCGGAGAGCCCAGGAGAACCGAGGCUUCAUGAAGGGUGCCCAGAAGGAGAGGGAGCUGCUGUGGAAGGAGCUGAAACGCAGACUUGCCUCUGGGGAGCUUCUCUACAGGCCGGUGUACUGAAAACACAGAAGAAGAGACAAAGAGUGUGUCAACGUGUCGAAUUUUUUAUUUUAUUUUUCAUCUUCUCUAGUUGACGGCUGGUGCUGUGGUUGUCUGUUCUGUCUCUCCCUCUGUACGACUCUCCCUGGAUGUUCAUCUCCUGUUCCACCCUGUCCUGGAGUUUUCAUGCUGACAGACUGUUUCGGCAUGUCGCUCUCUUAUUGUGUCUUUGCACUGUUGUUCUUCCCUCCGCUCUGUGAUGGU